UAAGCAGUAUUCGCAAUGCCCUACAAUACGGAAAGCAACUAUAAUGCCGAGGACAAAAUCUGGUGUGGACCGCAGAGCAGUAAUUACUUUGCUCCUGAUCUAUCCAUAGGCGAGAUUAUAUUCCAUGAGAUGCGACGUCAUCCGAAACUGAUAGCUCAGAUCUCAGACACUGAGAACACUGUAUUAACCCGAGAGGAGCUCCAUUUGAACUCAAUGCAUGUGGCAAGCUAUAUGAGAUCCUUGGGAUUAGUGCAAACGGAUAUUGUGGGAAUUAUAGGAAGAAAUACUACGCACAUCUUCGCCGUUGUAUAUGGAUGUUUCUUUAAUGGUAUUGCGUUUCAUUCGUUAAAUACAUCGUAUGAACAAUCAACUAUUGAGAAGCUCUUCGACAUAACGAAGCCACGUCUGAUUUUCUGUGAUGGUGAAGACUACGAGAAAGUAAAGUCAGCUACGGAGAAAUUAAAUGCGAAGAUCAUUACGAUGCGUAACCAUCAGAGUGGAUCGAUUAGCAUUGAGGAAGUCUUAGCUACGCCUGUAGAAACGGACUUUCAACCUGCUCGGUUGGAACAGGGAAAUGAUCAAACCUUGGCCAUUCUCUGCUCUUCUGGGACAACGGGUAUUCCCAAGGCAGUGACCAUAUCAAACAGUCGCAAGAUGUUAAACUCCAGCAAUAAACUAACAACCGCUGAUGUGCAAUUCUCUCUCAGUACAUUGGACUGGGCGACAGGGCUGGUGACGACAGUUAGUUCCGGCGUGUACAGUACUAAACGCAUUAUAAGCGAUAAGCCAUUCGAUGCAGUGCGUUACUUGCGUAUAAUUGAGGAAUACAAAGUCACUUGGGUGAUUGUGGUGCCCUCCCACAUGGCGAUGUUAGUUAACUGCCCCGAAUUUGAGAAAGCGAAUCUUCACAGCAUUCGCCACUUCAUGUACGGAGGUGGUAGUUGCUCCUUAGCUGUACAACAAAGUAUAAGAGAUCGCUUACGAGAUGACUGUUUGCAUCAGGUAUACGCAUUCACUGAGGCUGGUAGUGCGGUGAUAAAAAACUUAAGUUUCGAUCAAAAACCUAAUUCAGUUGGCAGUUUACUUAAUGGCAUCAAGAUGAAAGUACUCACAGAGCAAGGCAAGCCUCUAGGACCCAACGAAGUGGGUGAAAUAUGUGUCUAUAAUGGUGAGUAUUGGGCCGGAUACUUCGGUAAUCCUGAAGAGUCGAGCAAUGUACGUGACUCGGAGCUAUGGUUUUACACUGGAGACUUGGGCUAUAUGGAUGAUGAUGGCUUUCUCUAUAUAAUGGACAGGAAAAAGGAUAUGCUGAAGUACCAGAAUAUUAUGUACUAUCCACACGAAAUCGAAGAAGUCAUUUCUCAGAUGCCAGGCGUGGCUGAGGUCUGUGUCUUUGGAAUCUGGAAUCCACUCGUCGGCGACAAGGCUGCCGCUGCUGUGGUAAAGAAGAUUGGUUCAAAAAUCCAGGCACAGGAUGUGGUUGACUUUGUGAAGGGGCAUUGCAGUGCCAUUUACAAACAUUUACAUGGAGGUGCAAUAAUUGUGGACGAUCUGAUAAGAAGCCCCAAUGGAAAAACGAAUCGAGCUGCAACAAAGGCAUAUUUUGUAAAGAUUAACGAUGAAAACUAAUAGGCUUAGCAUAAGCUGACAGACCCUUAGUAGACGGAAGUUAAGAUGCUGACAUAUACAUUUUUAUUCUUGAAUUUAAUGAAUAAGUUUGAUAUGUCAAAUUAAUCUUCAACAUACUCAAAACUGACAAAAAUUACAAAUAUUUGCAAGGAGUAAAUGAAAGAAUGAUCUUUAAACAGUCAAAUGAUAA